AUGGCUUCGCGAUCAUUCAUGCCUCUGCGGAGGUUUGGCCAGCUGUCUGCUUCAUGCGCUCGUACAGCCGGUCGCAAUGCUGGCAGAUCAUUCCGUGGUUAUGCCACGGAGCAGAGUCCACGUCAAAAACAUCAAUUUACUGUGUGGCGACCCUACCUGCGUCUGGCAAUCGGCGUACCCUUCAUCGGCGCCAUCAUUUACUCCAUGGCCACUGGCGAAGUUACCGACCUCGAUUCCCCGUCUAUCGUUGAGCUGGAUGAGGCCCUGAAAAAGUCUUCGCCCAUCACUGAAUCCUCUCCCAUGCGCUUACGAAUGGAGAAGCUCAUCAAGGACCACCAGCAGAAGAUUAUUGAGGAGCUGGGCAGGAUAGACGGCAAGGAGUUCAAGACGGAUACUUGGACGCGUCCUAAUGGCGGUGGUGGCAUCUCGUGCGUAUUGCAGGACGGUAACGUCUUCGAGAAAGCCGGCGUGAACGUGUCAGUGGUGUACGGCGAGUUGCCGCGGGCUGCCAUUGAGAAGAUGCGCGCCGACCACAAGUCCUUCGUGGGCGCCGAUGUCGAAUCACUGACGUUCUUCGCUGCCGGUCUCUCUCUGGUCCUACAUCCGCACAAUCCCAUGGCUCCGACAGUUCACUUGAACUACCGAUACUUCGAGACUUCGGACCCAAAGGACCCAAUCAACGGUGACAAGAACUGGUGGUUUGGCGGUGGCACUGAUCUGACACCCUCGUAUCUCUUCCCCGAGGAUGCGCAGCACUUCCACAAGACCAUCAAGGACGCCUGCGAUCGUCAUGACGCCACUUACUACCCCAAGUUCAAGGCUUGGUGUGACAAAUACUUCUACCUGCCUCACCGCGGUGAAUGCCGCGGUGUCGGCGGUAUCUUCUUCGAUGACCUCGACGCCAACUUCCUCCAGACUUCCGCUGGCUCGUCCUCCAACCCGCAAGAGACCUUGUUCUCUUUCGUCUCGGACGGCCUGGCCUCCUUCCUGCCAUCCUACGUACCCAUCCUCGAAAGGCGAAAGGAUAUGUCUUACACCGAAUCUCAGAAGGAAUGGCAGCAGCUGCGCCGCGGCCGCUAUGUCGAGUUCAACUUGGUUUACGAUCGUGGUACCAGCUUCGGCCUUCGUACCCCGAACGCCCGCAUCGAGAGUAUCCUCAUGAGUCUUCCGCGCACUGCAAGCUGGGCUUACAUGGAUCCUGUCUCUGGAACAAGGACCGAGAGCAUGCCAGUGGAGGAAGAAGCGCUAGCCGAGGACAAGACCAGCGAAAAGGAGAUCAUGGAUGUGUUGAAGCACCCUCGGCAGUGGGCUUAA